AUGGCAAGGUCACCGGAUAAGCUGCCACGGCCGGAUCCUGACGGCCGUGUUAUAAUGGUCAAAGCAUUAUUAGACUCCAAGGGUGUUCGAGAUUUCGAACCUGUCUCCCUUUUCUGUGGCCAUCUGACAACUGGGCAAGAAGCCGUUCUUAAACCUGCACAAACUGCGCAUCGAGUUCAGAAUCAACACUUUGCUUUGGGUGACCGUGUUACGAUGGUACAAGACUCUGGAGGCAUUCCGCUAUCAGUCAAAGGUAUCGUCAUUGGGCCCAAUUCGAAGACUAUAAGCGUAAUGUUGGAUGUUCCGUUUACGUUUGGUAGUAUGACGUUGGGGGAUCUAUGUAUCGAUUUUCCCUCCUUCGUAUUUGCUUGA